AUGGUCGGACUGGGUGGGUUUCGCCCGAGGACGCGCAUAGGGACGCCUGCGGUUGAUGAGGAUGAGGAUGAGAAAUACACUUCAAGCGAAAAUGACCAGGAGCCAGAUUCGGGCGAUGAUCUGGGGUUCGAUCCUGGCGAGUCUUCCAGGAAACGUAAAGCCGCCUCGGAUGGAUCAUCAGAACGCAGUCGAUCGAGCAAGCGUGCGAGAGUCUCGCCCGAUGGAGACUCGCAAGACCGCGACCGUCCUGUUCGGAUGGCAACUCAAAGUGGACUAACCCUUCUUCGAAAAGCCCAGUGGCCAAAGGCAUGGCAGGCCAUACAUCGGGCGUUGAAGAACGACGAGGCUUCCAAGGAGGAAAUGGACACUUUGGACGAACUCUUCGCUCGAGUAUACGCAAUGGCAACUGCUGAAGACCGAGAUGUUCUGGAUCCGCUUCUACACACUGGAUUCGAGGGAAACCCAACUGGAUACGUCUCGACACUCAAUAGAUACGUGAGGGACCAGAUCUUAGCUUGGUGCCAGAAGUCUUUCGUGGAAGCUAUGAAUAACGCCAGUGAAGAACGACGGAAGAUCUUGAAUUUGGAAGAAGAUCGGAAGAACAUGCUGAAGCAUUGCAAAGAGGGUGGCUGGCCGUGGAGAGCGGACAGGGAAGAAAUCGCCCCUCUUGAUGACAAUGCACCGCCGCGUCCAAUUGUCAAGCCGGAAGACAAGUCGAAGAGUCUUGGGUUUGAGAAGGACGUGUCUCCAGAUGUAGACGGCUUGUGGUCGUUCAGCCGUUGUCUGGGUGAUGGAACUCGCAACUUUGCAGGGCUGUGGGUGAAGAUAGACACUAGCAACAAGGUUGUUGACAGGAAAGUCAUCAAGGAUGUUUACCUUUCACCGAAAGACUCCAAGAACGACGACCUCUGGCAUACUCCCCCCAAUGGCGAGAGGGUGCCGAUGGAGGUCCACAUGCAAAGACUUCUUAGCGGUCUUGGAGACUCGUCCAGCAUCGUCCAAUAUGUUGGCCACAGCACUCCGGACCCGACGUUGUAUCGCAUCUACCAGGAGUAUUGUCCUUGCGGGACCCUUGAGGAAAUGAUUAAGGCGCAUCGAUCGAAAAAGAGCUGGAUAUCAUCACACGUACUUUGGGCCGUCUUUGAGUCAAUGGCAUCAGCAGCAUGCCUGAUGAAUUAUGGCAAGCUGCCGCCACCCGACAAGAGGAACAAGUGGCGGGCACUGAUCCACUCAGAUAUCAAGCCAGACAACAUCUUCUUAACCCUUGCAAACGACGACCCGGUCCCAACUUGGCCUGGCGUACCUGUUGCAAAGCUCGGAGACUUUGAUAGCUGCCAUUAUUAUGACGAUCCUGAUGGAGCGUUGACAGCAGGAACGCAAGGCUACAUGGCGCCGGAGCGAGAAGAUGGUUCAGGCAUCGAGUAUCAGGAGAGCCAUAUCUGGACCAUCGGACGGGUCAUAUUAUCGCUCAUGAACAGAGACGCGUUAGAAUCUGAUGAUUUCUCCCACACCGAUCACAAGCCAGGGGUUGAGCAGCACUAUGCCAAUCUCUGCAAGAAGGUGGUGGAACUUGUGGAGGAUUGUCUCGUUAAAAAACCGGUGCUUCGACCUACUGCUAAGCAGCUCUGGAAUGGAAUUUGCAAGGAAGUGGGCAGUUCUCGUUCUGAUGGGGGGCUCGCUUUGAAGUUUACUCCAUUUCCUGAGGACCAGGACAAGCCGCUUGUGGGUGGCGAAGGGUUGACGGGAUGGGCGAAAGAUUUGACGCCUGACGUCGAGGAGAAGGAGGAGGUGGAGGAGGAGAUGGAGGAGGACGAGGAUGACGAGGCCGAGGAAGAGGUGGAGGAUGGCGAGGAAGAGGACGACGAGCAGAUGUAUGAUGACGAGGAAGAAAAUUACGACGAAGAGGAGGAUCUCUAUUCCUGA